AUCUAAAGAGCUUCAAUGCCCCAAUCUUGGAGGCUCCCAGAGGUUCAGAGGAGGAGAAGGAGCAGAGGGAGAGAAUGGCCAAAGGAGGCCUUGCCUGUCAUUUAAGCCAUCUUGACAGAAACCCUAGAAAACCUGGUUACUCUGGUGUUGCUUCUUCUGCAGAGCCUCCAGUGGGGAAGGUGACUCACAAGAUGGUGAAUGACAGUCUGGAAAUCCUCACCUGCCAGGCCUUUGGCUUCUACCCCAAGGAGAUCCAGGCCAUCUGGACCAGGGAUGGAGAGGCCUGCAAGGAUGAGACCCUCCUUAGGAACGUGGCCUCCAACUCAGAUGGGACCUAUUACAUCUGGCUCAGCAUUGACAUCGACCCCAAGGAGAGGGACCGUUUUCGGUGUCACCUGGAGCAGGAGGGUUUGCAGGAGCCCCUGGACUUGGCCUUCAAGGAGGAAGGAGCUCCCACAAGGUGGGCUCUUGUGGGAGUUCUGGCUGCCGUAAUCUUGGGAGCUGGGCUUUUCUUUCUGAUAG